AUGUCUCACUCUUCCGGGGAGGCUUCUCCCGCUGUACAGGCCGCCGAACAUGCCAGAGAAGUGCUCUUUGCAGAAUGGCAGAUCAAGGAUGAAAACACCGCCAAGUUCUUUGGGUUUGCCAUGGCUGGGCUUGUUGCCGUCUUCACCAUUACACAUCAAGUGGAUGUCCUUUUCACCAAGGAGUUUGCAAGGUCAAGCGGUUCAAGUACAGUCGCCCGAUCCAUGAGACGAACCUUGCAGCUCUUCAGCAGAAGUAAGAUUGUCGCCGGAGUGGUAUUGCUGCCUGGAAAGAUCGUCCUUGCGUUACUAUAUUUUGGCAUCAACGCUGGCCUGACCUUUCAUGAUCGACCUGAUCGAGUCGGCUUCAACGUUCUGGCGAAGCGAUUUGGCUGGCUAGCGCUAUGCAAUCUAUGCCUUGUCAUGUUUCUCGGUCUGAAGAACACGCCACUGUCGCCACUUGCAGGCCGGAGCUUCGACCAAGUCAAUGUGCUGCACCGCUUCUGCGGCUACACUACGGUUGCCCUAUCGAUCAUACAUUCGGUUAUGUUGAUGAUCGCUGUCACUGCGAUGGGCUUCGUGAGGAGACGGCAGUACGAGGUCUUCUAUGCAGCUCACAUCGUCCUCGUUGCCAUCGUCUUGGUUGCCGUCGGCCUGCACCGCCCAGACAUAGGACUCAAGGCACUCAUCAUCACAAUCGUAGCAGCAGCCAUGUGGUUCAUCGAUAAAUCUCUACGCCUGUCUCGAUGGCUCUACUACGGAGUCGGCAACUACUGUACCCUCACGCCACUCCCAGGCCGAGCGACCAGAAUCACAAUGCACCGAUCAAUGCGAGCCCAGCCAGGCUCCAUGGCCUUCGUCUGGAUCCCAGGAGUUCGAAUGUUCCAGCGCCACCCCUUCACACUCGUGUCGACCGAGCCCGCCGAGUUCGUCGUCCAAGCACGAGACGGCUUCACCAAGGAACUCUACCACACAGCCUGCCGCAAUCCUGGAGUGAAAUUCCGAGCUGCACUCGAAGGGCCCUAUGGCGUCGUGCCUAACACCCAUGAGUUCGACAAGAUCGUGCUGGUGGCGGGAGGGACAAGACGAGUCUGGAUUGGUUAG